UCAACCUAUUCCUUGGACAAAAGGUGAAAGAAGAAAAUCAUAUGAAUAUGAAGUUGAAGAUGAUGAUCAUUUGAAUUUUAUUAAAUUUUCAGAAAAUAACAUAUAGUAUUUAAAAACGAAAAUAUUGGAUAAUCAUCGUGGCGGAGGGCGGACCAUAAAAUAUAGUCUAAUUUACAAAAUCACAAGUGGGUGUAGUAAUAGCAGCAACUGUACGAGAAAGAUAAACAUGGCAUCGGGAAUUAGCGCUACCCUUCUUCCCCAAUUUACCGUCAAGCAGCAAAAUUCUCCCUGUUAUUCAACCCCAAAUUUUGCAGCUGAACAACAGCAAUGCGUACCGUCUAUUUGGUCAAAGGUACUUCCACUGGCUGUUGCGGUUUCGCUGGUCGCUCCCCUUUCUUCUUCCGCGAUACCUUCUCUCAACUCCAAAUCUACUCCGGUUGCACCCAUGACCCCGUUCUCCCAAUCCAAGAACUUGCCUACUGGACUCGAAAAUGGAAAAAUCAGACCUUGCCCCUCAGUUAAUCCAGGGUGUGUAUCGACAAAUCCCCAAUCUUCUUCAUCUGCCUUCCCCUUGAUAAUUUCUCAAAAUUCUUCUGGCAAUGCUAUCAUGCAAUUGCAGGAUGCCAUUUUGAAGACACAGAAGAAUGCAAAGAUUCAAGUCGUUGAAGAUAUCCCUGACGGAAAAUAUUUGCAGGCUGAGGUUGACGGAGGAUUUGGCAGAGAUGUUUUAGAGUUUUUGGUGAAAGGAGAUUCAGUUGCCUACAGAGCAAUGGCGACAAAAGUGACCUAUAUAUACCCAUUUACUACUGCAUUUGGAGAUUCAAAAGGACAAGAAGAAAGAAUGGAAAUGAUUGCAGAAGAGUUAGGAUGGUAUGCACCAAGUCUUGACUCAAUGGAUUAGAACUUUGAUGCAUAGAACUAUCUACAUGCACCAAAUUUUGUAUAGCAAUUCAUGCAUGUGGUAAGUUUUUUUUUUUAAAAAAAAAUUCAUCUUUUGAAUCUGAUCAUUGGUAAAAAGUUCAGCUGUCUUCUUAAUAUAAAUCUGUUUCAUUAUACUUUGUUA